GUCAAUAACGAUUCAGAGUUCAACGCAUGCACAAGAUUUCGCCAUGCACAAAGCCAGCUAACGCUGUUCUGCGCUUCUAAUUACAAUGUGUCGUCACUGACUGCUAUCGAGGGACUCGCUGUUGCGUUUUUUACAAGGAAUAAUCUGCUUGAGUCGGACGCAAUGAAGGAGGUGCGUUGGGGAGCAAAGGUGGGGGCGUUUUCGACAGAAGGGUCCAGGGCCAAGGCGUCGACCUCCCCGUCAGGUUUCAUUCUAGAUUUGCCAAAUAUUGCCAAAUAUGCCAAAUAUUGCCAAAUAUUAUGAUAAUGAUAUUUGCAUCGCACCUGUGCUAAGCGCGUAUUGACGAGCGUGGGCGAAGCGUUUGUCAGCGGCACCUAUGCACAGACCCGGCGUGCAUACAUUUGCAAUAGGACUGCUUAUCAUCUAGAUAAACAUUUCCACCCACGGGUGUCACCGAGGAUGGCCCUCGUCGCUUUUGCUUGUCGCCAGCCCUGCCGGGCUGCUUGCGCUGCUGUGGCCUUUCCCUGGCCACACUCUAUAUUGUGUUCCAAGCAUAUCUUGCAUUGCGAACACCAGUUGAGAAACUUGCCGAGCCCGCUGUCAACACCCGCUCAACUGCCCCAAACUUUACGCGACCGCGACAAGCACUGAAGAUUAAAGACCACGCUGUGGAGAAGUCCUCCGGGGCUUCAAAAUAUGAGGUACGCGGUCAUCGCUCCGCUGGGUUCCGGCGCCUAUGGCUGCGUGUAUAAGUGCCUGGAUCGCGACACGGGCAGCCUGUGUGCGCUCAAGGUCAUCAACCUCGCACAUCAGGAGCCCGCGGUCAUGCGGCUUACCAUGCGCGAGGUACGCACGCUGCAAAAGCUGCCAAAGCACCCGCACAUUGUGGAGUUGAAGGAUGCGUUCAAGAGCUCGGGCAGCGGCCGCGUGUUCCUGGUCUUCAGCUGCGAGGGGCGCAGCAUGCAUGAGGAGGCGGAGAACUACGCCAAGUAUAUCCUGCCGGGGCCCAUGCUGCGCCAGGUGGCGUGGCAGUUGCUGCAGGCGCUGGCGCACAUACACGAACACCAGAUUAUCCACCGUGACGUCAAGCCCGGCAACAUCUUGCUGGUGGGCGACGGCACCGGCGGCGCGGCGGGCGUGGGCCUCAACGGCGCCGACGUGCACAUCCGGCUGGCGGACUUUGGCUUUGCCCGCAGCUGGCAGCCGCACGAGGCGUUGUCCUCCUACGUGGCCACGCGGUGGUUCCGUGCGCCAGAGAUCCUGGUGCGUGGCAAGUACAGCUUCAACAGCGACUGCUGGAGCGUGGGCUGCACCAUUGCCGAGCUGGCGGUGGGUUCGGCCCUGUUCCCUGGCACGUCCACCAUCGACCAGCUGGCCCGGAUCAUGCGCGCCACGGGACCGCUGCCGCCCUCGUUAGCGGCGCAGAUGAUGUCGGACCGAACUCUGAGCCCGCUGGCGGCGCAGCAGCGGCGGCCGCCGAACCGCACCCUGCGCGAGCGCCUGCCGGUCGAGGCCCGACUGUUUGAGUUCCUGGCCGCCUGUCUUCAGGUGGACCCGGCCCGCCGGCCCAGCGCCAAGGAGCUGAUGCAGAUGCCGUACUUUUGGGACAUCGUGCCGCGCAGCCGUGCCCUGCCCAAGGCCUCCAUGGAGGCAAUGGCGGCCGCACGUGACGCCGCCGCCGUGCAGAUAGCGGCGGCUGAGGCUACCAUCGCAAAGCCGGCGGCGCAGCCGGCGGCCGUGGCUGUGGCCGCGCCCGCGGCGGCGGCUCGCAAGGACGUCGUGCAGGUGGAGGCCAAGGGUGCGGCGGCCGCGCCGGCGGCAUGCGGCGCGGUAGCGGGCGCAGCUGCCAAGUCCAGCGGCACGGACAAGGCGGCGGCCGGCGGUGCUGGGGGCCAGACGGCCUCGAGCAGCGUGGCGGCACCCAUGACUACCACCCGUACUGCAAGUGAGGCCCAGGCCAUGAGCCUCUCGGCCGUCGCUUGCUGCCCGGGGACUGACCGCGCGUCGACAGCGGUGCCCCCUACGGCGCCGGCGCAGCUGGCCGCUGCACCUGCUCAGGGCACAGCAGCAGGGCUCAAGCCUGCAACCAGCGUGGUGAUCUCGGUGAAGGCAACUGCUGCGUGCGGCCGGGACCAGCCAAGCGCGCCGAUGACUGGCUCGAGCCUCAGCACCCGCGACCUCGCGAGCAUGAAUCCCGCCGCUAUGCCAGCGCCUGCCAACUCACAGGGCAGUGGUGUGACAUCGGUGCCAGCAUCUCAGGCAGCGGAGCAGGCGGCCGCCGCUCCCUCAGCGGAGCCGCCCCCACGCGUUGUGUGUAUGCCCGACCUCACCAGCGUGAGCACCUUGGCAUCAGGUGCGGCGGGGCCGCAGCCCGCGCAGCCGGCGCGGGCGCGCGCGCCGGCACCGGUGGCGGACGCGUCGCCGGAGGACGCGUCGCCCCGGCAAUCCAGGACUGAGCGCGAGCUGCAGCGGCCACAGGCGGCCGUCACGCUUGUCACUAGCUCUAGCCUGUUCCCAUCACCGCUGCCAGCACCGCUGCCUCCGCCGCAACCAGUUGCAGUGGAGGCGUCGUCGCCGUUCACGCUCGUGGUUGCUGACACUCUGGGUGGCGCUGCGGCGGGUGCCGCAGGCGCCGCCGCCCCAGGCGUCGCAGGCGCAGUCGGCGGUGACAGCACGCCGCGCAGCCACACCACAGCGCGCAUGCUGGACCUGCCCUCCAAUACCGUGGAAAUGUUCAUAUCGCCCACCACGUCGGUGGCAAUGCAUCGGCUGCUGCCAGCUGUGAUGACGCCAGUAGGCGCACCGCCGCCGGCCACGCCCAGUGCCGCCGUGCGCUUGCGGCAGCUGAUGCCGCACUGCCGUGCGCCGGCGGGCGCGGUGCCGCCGGUCCUGACCUACGGGAUGCUGUCACGCAGCAGCACUCUGGAGCUGGACAUGACGGGCAGUGCGGCUGCGGCUGCAGCGGUGGCGGCCGCUGGCGUUUGGGGAGGAGAUGGAGGAGCGAGCGGGGAUGGUUAUGGCGUGUCGUUGGCGAAUGGGGCCUCAGCGGGGCAGCUGCAGGCCCACAUACAGAUGCAGCAGCAGGCGGCGCAGCGGCAUGCCCCGGCGGCGGCCGCGAACAGGGCGUGGCGGCGGGCGGGUCGCGCGUCGGUGGAGUUUGCAGACCAGCUGUCAUGGCCGGCAAAUACCAACCAGCCCGACCAAACGGUCAGCGGCGCCAGCACAAGCAGCAACAUUUGGGCCAGGGCUGUCACUCCUGGAGCCGGCGCCGCGCGCGUUGGCGGCAGCGGCGGCGCAGCCGCCACUGGCACCCGAAAUGUCACUUCCGCCGCCAUUAUGCGUCGCAGCUGGCGGCUGCUGCCGUACCGCACAACGGGCGGCAGCCCCGGCUUCAUGCCCGUGCCCACGCUGGGCGACGAGCCAGCUGCGGAUACGCCGUCCCUGCACACGUCAGGCGCGGGCGCCGUCGCGUCGUUGGUCAAUGCUGCCGCGGGCCUGGGCCGCCACAACAGCCGCUCGCAGGCGUCCUUUGUCCGCAGCAUGUCGCGGAUGUCGCAGUGCCACGCGAUGCCCUCGGGCGCCCUGGACGUGUCAUCUGCGGGCCAUGACAGCUCAGUGGACGGCGCCGGCGGCUUUUGCUCCGCGUACGCAAUGGCGAACGCAUCGGCUGGAGCGACAUCCUCGCCACUUGUGGGCCUGGUGACCACGCCGCAGCAGCCGGCUAAGGCGCAGCAGCUGCAGGCACAGCUGCAGAGAAACGGGUCCACAGUCGGCGGCGCCGUCGCACAGUCGCCGCCCAUGCUUUACGGCCUGGUGCUGGCCGCAAGCAGCGAUUCGCCGUCCCGCACGCGCCGCGCCGCGAGCGCCGUGCUGCCCAGCUUUCCUGCAGCCAGCGUACCGGGAGCCCACGCCACCCCUGUCACGUACACUGGUGCCAGCGCCGCUGAUGCCAGCAGCAAAGGCCCCGCCAGCGUGGCUGCAGCAGCAAUGGCCCUUCUCCUGCGGUCGUCGUCCCAGCAGCAGCGUGCUGCCACCGCCGCAGGGCAUGUGCCGCACGGCACAAGCCGCCUCGCAAACGCCGUCAGCUCCAACCUGUGCGAUUACCCCUCUGGGGACGCGGACAUCGCGCCCACCGCCGGCACCCCUCAGGCGGGAGCCUCCGCCUCGGCCUUUCCCAGCGGCACGCCGAUGGGCACAGCGACCGACUCGGGCGCCGUGCGUCGUGCACUCGGCUUGUCCUGGCAGGUGCUCCAAGCCGUGGGCUGCAGCAGCAACGCCGCGGCAGCUGCGUCCACGGCCUGCUUCGACAGCGCCGCCUCCGCCACCGUCGCAAUGGCACAGGCCGGCGCCGUGUCGCUUGACGCAAUGCUGGCUACUGGAGGCGGCGAUGGCGGCGGCGCCCCUGCAGAUUGCGGCCUUACCGCUUCGGCGUCGGCAGUGGCACGCUUCCCCAGCGCUAGCCUGCUCACGGCGGGCGGCGGGGCCGCCAAUGGUGCCUACGUGCCCCACGCGAUUACCGAGGAAGAGAACGAGCUAGCAUACGCGGCAGCAGCGGAUGCGUCAGCUGCCGGUGAAGCUAUGGGCGCGGGGUGCAGAGCCAAACAUGUGCUGGACAACUCGGAUGGAUGCGUGCGUCUGGCUGGCUCAAAGGACACGGCAGCGGGCAUGGCGCACCUGCAGCAGUCUGCCACCACGCAGCAUCCCUUGCCUGCGCGCACGGCAUCCCCGGGUGGACGCCGCCAGGGCGCACAUGACAGCAAGCAGCGGCCAGGGCUGCUUGCCCGUCUCUUCGGCUGUGGCCGCUUUCGCAAUGACCAAAUUUGAAGCAACAUGUGAGACAGGCCGCCGCUUGUCGGAUGGUACGUGUUGGCAGAUUUGACACGGCGUCGGGCCUCGGGCCCCGGUUGGGGAUAGCAGUGUGUUUUUGGGUGUGGCGGGCCGGACCCACUUGACCGUACGGUAAUGCUUAGGUACGGAGCUCAGGGUUCAGGCUGUGCACUUGUUUCUUCUUCUGAUAUGAAUGCGACAUUGCAUAUGCAAUGAGGUACAAUGAUAUACUGGGUAUUUGCUUUGCCUUGGACGUGAAUGCAGUAGCCGGACAUGGAACAUGGGUUUCGACAUGACCGUGUGUGUUCGCGGUAGAGUUGUGCACACACACCAGGCUUGCCUAAGGGUGGGCAUGGGGAUACUUCAAUUAACGAAGGUCACGUUUUAGGAGUGUUUUUGGGCGGAGCGGGAGAUGAGGUAGACGCUUGCGGCCCCAGACGGGAGGCGUCAACUAUCAAGUUGAUCCCAUUUAUUCCAUAUGAACAUGGCUGUAAUGAUGCGGCCCGUGGAAGUGUGAAUGGGGGGCUGUUCCAUGGAUGGGUGAGUUUAAAUGUUCCCGGUCGCAGUGGGCUCUCGUGCAACCAGGUCCGGAUUUUGCGCGGUAUGGCUAAUUGGUCGUGCCGACGUGAACAGGGGCAGCAGUACGUACUGUCCGUUUGUUGCAUUAGCAUUCAUGAUUAGGGGAGACCGCAGCAUUUUAGCCCUGGGGCUAAGGUUGUUGAGAAAGAGCACCAGAGCAUAUGGAGAUGUCGCUGUACUUCGGACGAGUACGCCUGGAGGCUGAAAGGAACCUUGCUGCGGUUUGUACGACGCAGACAGAUGCUCGCACGGUCUUGCAAUGCAAGAUGACGGUCGAGUCGUAUACGUGCCAUGAUGAUGUUGUUUAAUGCUUCACCAGUUGACCGAUUAUCGCUGAUGGGCGCUACAGACAGGGAAUGUCCUAACAUGGACAGCUGCGAGCAGCUCAUUGCGCUGGAGUGUGAAUGGAGCCAGAGAAGUCUGAGCAGCCUUGCAAAUGGAGAUGCGCAGUAUGCUUGGUGAAGGAGCUAAGCCCUGCAUCAAAGGCCGGAGAUAUUUGGGGUACAUGACGCAGGUCACGAGCUUGCGUGCAACCACAAGUGUGGUCGUCCAGCUUUAGAUCUGGGGGGCGUGCCAACAGUGACCCCCACGCACGUUGGCCGGAACGUGUGUGUGGGGGGGCUCGGGUUCUAGUUGGCAAUGGGUGCAGGCGGUGCGGUCUGUGCGAGGCGGGAAUCUUUUACAGUUUGCCCAGGGGCGGCAGCCGCUGCAGUGUUGGCUUGAGAAGCAAUGUCUUAGGCAUGAGAUGGGAAGGGAACAUGGGCAGGGAGCUUCGUGACGUGGGGCCGAGUGAAGGACGUACUCUGUGGAGUCUGCGCCUUGGGCUGGUAUGCGCUGCUCCCAUGAAAGCGCCACAAUAUGCCAUGGGAUUUUUGUCUGAUGCCUACCAGUAAUCAUCUAUCAAG